AUGCGUCUCAACUCUGCCCUUGUGCCGCUGGCACUGCUCCUCCACGGCGCGGCCGCCGCGUGCAACUCGGACAACUGCGCCCGCGCCGUCACGGGCACCCGUCGCGGCGACCCCUUUGAGACGACGGCCAAGGCCGACUGCAGCCGCUUCAUGACCAAGACUGUGACGGGCAGUGCCGUAACCGUGACAAACACCGUGUCCAUUACCGCAGCUCCCAAUGCUCCCCAAGCCACCGUUGUCAAGCGCGACGGCACCGCCGCCGUGCCGUCGUACGCGUCCGCCUGCUCCGGCACGAGCCGCUACUCGAGCGCGUGCUCCUGCUGGGGCAUCACGGCCGGCACCGUCACCGUCACUCCUACCUCCAUCGUCACCGCCACUGUCACCGUCACCGGGACCCCCGGCGCGACCUACACGCCGCCUGUGCCGACCAGCUACGACAGCUGCGUCUUCGACCCGAGCACCACGGGCGACUUUGAUCUGCUGGAUCCCACCUCGGCCCUUCCCAUUAUCAAGAACGGCAGCCUUGCUAUGGUUGUCCAGGACGUGACGAACCCCUGGGUUCCUGUGCGCUACAAGACCGUCAAGGCUGCCGGAGCGCCGAACGGUGUGUACGACCUUCAGCUGGUGGCCGACGGCGCCCCUCAGUUCCUGGCCAUUUACAAGUCUGGCAAGGUCGGCUUCGUGAGCACCAGCUCCAACGGGCAAACCUACACGGGCGAUGGCGAUGACAAGUACAUCACCUCUGCCUUUUCCUUUACCUGCAAGGGCCGUCUCACAGCAGGCAUCGUCGGCGGCAGCGAGUUUCACUUUUCCAUCACCACCGACCAGCGCGUCGUUGUCACCACCUCCUCCUCCUCCGGCAACACCAAGCGCGACAUCCCCGUCCCCGACGGCUUCUACGUCAUCCCGGCGCCGAUCCCCGGUGCGCCGCCCGGCCAGCGCUGCCCCGCCGGGCAGACGGCCGUGUCCAAGGGCCUGACGCCGACGGCCAACGGGUGCGGCGCCAAGGACGGCAUCAAGGUGCCGGACCUGUCGUUUGGCGAGUGCUGCAACGACCACGACAUUUGCUACGGCACGUGCAGCGAGCAGUUUGGCCCCUGCAACAGCAAGUUUCUGAGCUGCAUGGUCGGCUCCUGCGCCAAGUUUGCGCCCAUCCCCAAGCUCUUCCUCGCCUGCAACGGCGCCGCCGCCACCUACUACCUCGCCGUCCAGUUCUUCGGCAAGAACGCUUUUGCCGCGGCCACCAAGGAGAUGUGCGACUGCAAGUGCGACGACAAGACCAAGACGGCGUGCGGGGACAAGUGCGUCGAUACGACCAAUGAUCCCGAGAACUGCGGAAGCUGCUUUUUCCAUUGUCCUUCUGGCUCUUGCACCAACGGCGCCUGCUCCUUCAACUCGUGCACCGGCAGCACCUGUGGUGCCUUUGGCCCCUGCGGCCCGGGCGGGAGCUGCGUCUGCGCCUCCAUCACCGGCGGCACCGGCUUCUGCGUCAACGGCCAGACGCCGUGCAACGGCCUGGCCGACUGCGGCUCCAGCGCCGACUGUCCGCUUGGCAGCGUCUGCGCCGUAGGCACCUGCUGCCAGCGCAACGUGUGCAUCACCACGGAUGCUUGCGGCGGGUUCCAGAAGCAGCAGAAGCGCGGCUGGCUGAAUGCCACCAUUGGCGAGCCGACAAGAUGGGUUGACUCGUUUUAA